AUGGCAGCCCCUGGGAUGGACGGUGAAAAACGGAGCAUCUUAACUUUGUUCAGUCGGAACAUCGGUGACUCUAAAGAGUCGAAGGAUAAGCAUCCAAAUGAGCCUCUGGGGAUUGUGAUUGAUUUAGAAGAACCGAAGGAGAGCACAAUCGCAAGUGAGGCUGCGUCUACUGUGGAACCGGCCAAUGCUAAGAAAGCUGUAAUAGAGAGCAUCGAGGAUGCAGCAGAAGAUGAAAAGACUAAGAGGAAAGAGCUGGCAGCCCUCAGAAGGGAGGACCUCAGACAAGAGAAGGAGUUGAAGAAGAAGCAGAGAGAGGAAGAAAAACGGAGGAGAGAGGCUGUAAAAGAGGAACAAAAACGCCAGAAAGAACAGCAGCGAGAGGAAGAAAGGUUGAAGCGGGAGGAACGUAAGAAACAAAAGGAGCGUCAGAGACUAGAAAUUAGGAAGCAAAAAGAGCUCGAAAAAACUCAGAAGGAACUGGAAAAACAGAGGAAGGAGGAGGCGAAAGAAAGAGCACAGUCUCGGAUUGGCAAUUUCUUCAAAAAAGUUAGUGAUUCGAGUAAGCAAUCGGAGGAAAAAUCCGACUAUCGAAAGUAUUUUUUACCAUUUUAUGCGAAAGAUGGCGUAGUACUGCCAGUGGAUCAUUUCCUCAGUCCGCUCGAGGAGCGGAAGAAGGAGGUUGACCGGCAGCUGAGCCUACGAAGUUCUGCUGAUGAUACAGUACUGAACUGGCUAGUCUCUAAAUCAGCGAAGCGGAAUGGAAGGGUGAAAUUCACCGCCGUGUCUUUGUUACAACAGAUGACAUCGAAGGGGAAAACAGAUGAAGAGUUGCAGUCACUACUAAAGAUGGUCCCGCAGAAGUACAUCAAGUUUUAUGAAAAUGUGCGGCCUCCAUACAUCGGAACAUACUCCAAGGACGUAACGCUCCCGGCAGACAAUCCUUUUUGCACAGACGGAACCGGAUAUGACUACGGAUACGACUCAGAUCUCGAAUGGAUUAACGAAGAAGAGGAAGACGGAGAGCAAGGCGGAGUGGAUAACCUAGAAAGUGGCGAGGAAGACGAAGAUGAAGAAGAUGAAGAGGCGAGUGAGGGGGAAUUCGAGGGCUUUCUCGAUGCAGAGGACGGUUCAAACAAGUCUCGUCCUGCAGGGAAGCGAAAGUUUAUCGGCCCUUUAAUACCGACUGUCCAUCUAAGAAGUAACAUAGAGAAUCUCGACGAAGACGACAGGAAAUACUUCGAGUUGGCAAAAGUGGAGUUCCUCGCAGAGCAACAGCCAUUUCCUAUAGACCCUUACUUUUUGGUAAACAAAGCCCAAUCGUUGAAUUCUUCGAAGAGACUUGCAGAUGCAGAUCGAGAUUCCGGAUCGUCUUCAAACAGUCCGUCGGUCUCUCCGGAGAAAAAAAGACCCAAGACACUUAUAACAGAGACCGCUCAUCUCUUAAAACUAUUCGACGAGAUUCACGACAGCACCUUUUCCCUGGGCACUGUCACAGAGAUAGCACAAAAGAAUCUACCACAAUAUAGUAAACAAACCAUUAAAAACACAGUCAAGGAAUACGCCGUGAGGGGUGCUGGGAAAGGAGAUUUCGGAAGGAAGUGGGUGAUACGGGACAUGAAGCAUUGGGAAGAUCUUCGAUCUCUUUAA